AUGGGAAUGAACACACAGAUAAAAUGCUACGACCCAUUACCAUUUGCAAUUACUGGUUUUCCGAUAGAUUACAGCAAAUGUACAAAGGUUUGGCCGAUCAGCGACUGGUACGACGCCAUUUUGUAUGCAUGUGAAUAUGCGGCAAAAUCUUUGGAGCUACAAAUACGUUUCGUCGAUACUGGACUUUUCCAAGAGUUUGCCGUAUCAGUUCGCGUCAGGGAAUGGGCGAACUCGCAAUAUGACGUCAUUCUGUUCCCACAAUCAAUCGCCGAUCCAUGGCCCGCCAAGCCUCACCAACCCGUGGUGGCCUUCCUCUUGCCAGCUUUGCAUAUCUGGACUGUCGUGCUGAUUGCACCCGAUAACCUAACGAACAAGACCUACCCAGACAUCACCGUCGACGCGUUUUUCUAUAAAGAAUUCGAUGAAAAUGGGCUGAGCGACGCCUAUCGAAUCCCUCUAUAUGUUGGACCAGACCCUGGGAUGAGCACGAAAAAUCUGAUCGUGUCGAAUCGAGAUUUCCUGCAGCAUCUGCAUUGCUCGGUCGCAACGCUCAUGGGCCAGUAUGAAGGCCUGGACAUCUAUCUAACAAUAUAUUUUAAUUCCCGGGAAAAACCAGAAGUGGUGGAGGAAAGUUUCAAGGACGUUAUUAUAACGAGCCCAAAGUAUCCAUGGAUUUUCGACGAGUCCGAUGAUGUGACAUUUACCUCGCUGGCGGAAGUCAAUAGUUAUUAUGACAAUGUGCCAAUGGACGUCGUGCUCACCGCCAUCGAGGGUGGAACUGUGCUUUUGAAAACGGCAAGCCAGCUGGAGAACUUUACGAAAAUACUGACGGCAGCUGAUCUAGGGCAGCGAUUGCAACUAACAGCCAAGGACCUUAAUGCCACAUUCCAUCCGGAUCCGGAAUACAAAGGCCCACACGGCUUUGUGCUUACUGUCGAAUCUCCAGCCCAUCGAAUCGAACGGAAUAGCUGUGUGCGAAACAUCACGCUUACCAAUGAAAACCCAUUCUUCUCCAUAAAUCAAAUUCAAUUUGAUUCCGGUCGUUUGCUCUGCAUAAAAUUGGGCGAGGAUGCCGUUGCCGAAAAUCUCAUGGUUCUCACCUUUUGUGACACGAAAUCAAAAGCGAAUCAUGGGAAGGAGGACCGUAUAGAGGGCUGUAGCUAUUACAACCUCGAUCUCAUCUACUCCAUGCAAACUUGCUGUCAAAUGACGCUGAACAUUAGCAGAAGCGAAUACACUCAAAUAUCGAUGGAAAGGGAAUAUUCCUCCCUGCUUAUACAACUGCCCUCCGCCAUCUCAAAAAGCAAAAACUAUUUUGCUGUCGGUAUUUCCCCAUAUGCACUCGACUAUCGAACGAUGGCGUUUUCGAAUUUUGCUGAGAAGGAUACGCUUCUAUUCAUAGUUCUUUGCUACGAUUUCAACAAUCUUUGGGGGCUGCUGGGACAGCUGCAAUGGACCACCACCCGUCAAUGCAAAGGUAUGGCGAUGGACCUUGGCAGAGGAUUUGGCGACCCUUUCCACGACCAAAUUUACAAGACAAAUUCCACAAAAACUUGGGAAUGUGAAACUUUCAUCGAUGUGACAUACGAAUUGAAAGCGUUGAAUAUGGGCUCGCUGUCGGUGGCCGCACUUGAUGCGGAGUCUCAGGUGUUGGAUAGAAUGUUCUUUGAGUCGGACAAUUUGCCCCAGCUACCAACAAACAUCACAUUCAUAGGGGCCCGGAAACUACAAGUCUCCUGGAUUGGCGGUCGCGUCGCUGACAUUAGGGAAGCCACCGGAUACCUUGGAACCAUUCAUUUUCAAACAUCACCAUGGUGGACAACGCCAGCACCACGGGAGACCUCGCCGAGAAGUGCAAGAAGUUCCCACAGCUCCCUUAAUGAAACAGCAAUAAAGUGCUACGAUGCUCUACCUUUCACCGUUUCGAAGGUUAUCGUGGAUUUCCAGGGAUGCACGGAGGCUUGGCCAAUUGGCAAAAAAUACGAUAGCGCGAUGUAUGGCUGCGCCUACGCUGUUAAGAGCCGAACCAUCGAAAUGACAUACAUGGAGACUGGGCUGUUGCAAGAGUUUGCGAUAUCGAUUCGCGUUCUGGAGUGGGCAAAUUCGCAAUAUGGUCUUAUUCUUUUUCCGCAAUCUGUCACCGAUCCGUACCCAGCUUCCCGUCAAAACCGGCCGAUUACUUUUCGUCUUCCGCCAUUGCAUGUCUUUACCGUCGUUCUGAUAGCGCCAGAGAAACUAACAAACAGGACUUACCCAGACGUUACACUAGAAUCACUGUUUUCCUACCAGGUGCCCAGUGAUGCGUACCGCAUCCCACUAUUUGUUGGCUCCGAUCCUGGCAUGAGCACCAACACCCUGCACUCAUCUUUGGUCGUAUCCCCACGCCAACACCUCCAUUGCUCUGCUGUGACGAUCAUUAGUCAAUACGAGGAAUGGGCCAUCUCUCUAGACCUGUUUUUCAAUUGGCAAGAAAGGCUGGAGCCAUUAUCGGCCAAGUUCCGUGAACAGGUCCUCACCAGCCCAAAGUAUCCAUGGAUUUUCGACGAGGUGGAGGACGUCGAUUUUGCGUCCGUGACCGGAAUAGAAAUGUCUGGCGGCUAUGCCUCAAUGGACCUCGAGCUGAUGUCUAUCGAAGGGGGAACCCUCUAUUUGGAGAUGGCAUGCAGAGCGGGGAACAAGACGAAAAUACUAACAUCAAAGGAUCUGGGUUAUGAAUUCCAAAUCACCGCACACGUUGUUUCGGCGAGAUUCCAGCCGGACGCCAACUACACCGGCCCGCGUGGCUUCCUCCUUUCUGUUAAAAGCAUCGAACGGCAAAUUGAGCUGAAUAGUUGCGUGCGCAACAUCACGCUCACGAAGGCCGACCCAGUCUUUGCCAUCAAUCAGAUUCAAUAUCAGACGGGUCAGUACGUUUGCGUGAAGCUAGACGAGACAAACGAAAAGCAACAGCAACUCGUCGCGACAUAUUGCAACCUAAAAUCAAAAAAUAACCACGUGAAAGAGCACCGAAUAGAUGACUGCAUUUAUUACGACGUGGACCUUGUCUAUCUAACGCAAACUUGCUGCCGUAUGACGAUGAACACUACGCGGAUCGACUAUACCAAAAUACGCAUAGAUAUAGAAUAUUCUUCGCUUCUAAUCCAGCUGUCCGAUUCGAUUUUAGAAGAUGUAGAUUACUUGCCGAUCGGCAUACAGCCUUUUUCUUCAAACUUUCAAACAAUGUCGCUUUCUGCCAAUGCAGAAAAAGACACGUUAGUAUUCCUGAUAUUUUGCUACAGCUACACUAACUGGGGAGUCCUUGAACAGCUGAGAAGGGCCCACAGCGACCAGGAUUGCGAAUAUAGCCUAUAUGCGGGUGCCAUCCCAAACGGAGACGACAAAUUACCAUUAGCGACAUAUCAUGAAAGCGAACAGUUCUACCCGCAAUUCCUACCCAGUGGCGUGUAUUCUAGUUAUAUCCCCAAGGGGUGCAAUCCGACGAUAGCUGUCAGUGUGAUACAGCUGAAUGCUGACCCAGGACCAUUGAUAGUAGAUAGUACACAAUGCAAAGGUAUUGCGAUGGACGUGGGCCACGGAUUUGGUGAUCGCUUACAUGAAUUCAACGUUGACGUAAAUUCUACAAAAAUUUGGGAGUGCGAAAGCCGAAUCGACAUUGAAUACCAAUUGAAAGCGCUGAAUAUGGGUUCUCUGGAAAUAUUGGCGUUGGAUGCCGAUUCUCAAAUUUUGGCUCGAGAAUGCUUUGAAGCCGACAAUUUACCAGAAUUACCAAAAAACACAACAUUUAGAGGAGUGUAUAAGUUAAAGGUUAACUGGGAGGGCGGUGGUCCAGCUUAUAUAGGAGAAGCCACCGGAUACCUCGGAACGGCUUAUUUUAUGCCCUCUAGACGGACAACAACCGCUUCACCAAUGUUGACGACGAACCGUGACGAAACAUCUAUUACUCGGUUAACUUGGUGCUUUCUCACUGUAUUAUUACGUUUGGCAAUAAGA